AUGGGAGUUGAACGGCUUAUCUUCGAGGAGCCGCGAAUGGAUUGGAUGAGGCAGAAGUUGGACUCGCCGGGUCUAGAGCGGCGAGUGCCUUCUCACCCCUCUUCCCUCGACUGUUUAGCCCACGAUUCCUCAUCUGUCAAGGGCAGAGGUUCUCAAUCUGAGGUCCUCGGACCACCGAACACAGGGAUCUUCUAUGGGAGUAAAAGGGAGUCUGAGAACUACUGGUCUAGGGAGAUGCGAGGUGAGGUCAUGUCAGGUGUUCACAUCAUCCCCUUGGUCGAGAAGGAGAUGAAGGAUGAAAAAGAUGCGGGGGAUUUCUCCUCAUCGUGUGCCCCAAAGCUUCGUCUCGAGGAACAAAAUCUCUGGAAGAAAUUUCAUACUCUCACCAACGAAAUGAUCGUCACCAAGAACGGACGGCGAAUGUUUCCUGUGGUGAAGGUGUCAAUAUCGGGACUGGAUCCUUCCGCCAUGUACUCCGUGUUACUUGAAUUCGUUCAAGUGGACCAGCACAGGUGGAAAUACGUGAAUGGAGAAUGGGUGCCAGGAGGGAAACCGGAGCCCCCGCCGCCCUGUGGCCUAUAUCUUCACCCCGAGAGCCCCAAUUUCGGUGCCCAUUGGAUGAAAGAACCCGUCUCCUUCGCCAAAGUCAAGCUCACCAACAAAACCAAUGGGGUCGGACAGAUAGUUCUGAAUUCCCUUCACAAGUACGAACCCCGGGUGCAUAUAGUGCAGGUGGGAAGUGGGGAUCAACGUUACGUCUCGACCCAUGCUCUACCCGAGACCCAGUUCAUCGCCGUGACUGCCUACCAAAACGAAGAGGUGACGGCGUUGAAGAUCAAACACAAUCCGUUCGCGAAAGCCUUCUUGGAUUCGAAGGAGAGAAGUGAGCCCUCGUCUUCAUCCCGUGUCGAACUAGUCGCCCCCUUCCCACCUCAAUCGUCAUACAGUCCAUGGUUCCUGCCGAAUUGCAGUGCGAUGGGAUCGGGGAUGGGCUGCGACCGGUUCAUGAAAUCCAUCCGACAUGCACCCUAUCCUCCAAGGAGACCCCAGGAAGGUUACUUAGGCCCUGGGACGGAGGAUGGAGGAAAUGCAGGAAUGGAUGCGUGCAAGUUUUCUUCCCCGCCUCCAGCCCCUCCACCGACAAUGAAUCCCCUGCUGGAAACACCUUGGUCCACAUGGCCCUCCUUCCCCACUCCCACACCCUAUCAAUGGUCGAGUGCCUUAGACCCGCUGCAAUCAGGCCAGCCGUCAUCAUUCGGCCCGACGGCCUCUAGUCCAUGCCCUCCCCCCAAGACCCAUACCCCGCCGUUUUUCCAAUCGUCGGAGUCCUCGGAAUUCGGCAUCAUGAACCAGGAAUUUCAUUAUGCGUUGGGGGAGAGCGGGACGGAGUUUACGGGGGAGAAUGGGCCAGGCGGAGCAAGUUUUCACCCGACGCCGCCCGGCGAAGGAACUCGAGGGAACACAGAAGGAGAAAGUUUCGACAGUUCCUCACCGCACGAAAACUGGAGCCCCAUCACCCCUCCACCAUACACCAUCUCCUGAACAAAUCCUUCCUUCCUAUCUUACCUUCUUAUUUCCCCAGUAUUUAGGUCGAAUGACAAGGUGAAUGAUGAACGUCCAUUCACGUCAUCGUGGGUGUUGAUUCUUGCAAUGUGUCGAGGCAUUCCUUGCUGUGAUCCAAGCCUCCAUUCGUGCCAAACCCUCUCCCCCCCAUGGCCCAUUUCCCGAUUGCCUAUUCGACAAUAGAGUAUUCGGGAGAACUCGCUGCAGCUCGUCUUCUAUGGUUGUGAAGCCUUUUUCGAAAUUCCAUUCCGUCGUGUGUCUUUCAUUACCCUAACUGACUUAUAUUCUAUGUAAAGUGACUGCAAUGCACUCCAGG